GUGAGCAUGUUGAGAAAUAUGUCAAUCUUACAGUUCCAUUGUCCUUAUACAGUACGCAGGACAAAUCGUCAGAAAUAGAGGUAUUGUAAAGUAGCUAUUGUAAAAAUGUAGCAUGGUGUUGUUGUAUGCCAUUUCUGCUCCAAGCGACAUUGUACAAGAUCACCGUUUCUAUGUGACUUGUCAACUGAUACAGUAUCACCUGUUUCUCUGCUUGAAAGUACACUUAGUGCCGGGUUGGUAAUUUAGCCAUGAUUACUACACGUUUAGAUAGCUGCGUAAACUAACUUAUCAAUCAAAACAUUUUUAGCUGACAUGGGCUAAUCGAGUGAUUGUCAGUGACUGACAUAAUUCGAGGAAGACUGCUGAUGUACAACAACAUUUCGAAAUUGCCCCUCGUGUAUAUUACUAUUCUAAAGCUAAACAGUAAGUUAAGACCAAUACGUUUAUUUUUGUUGGUCGUGUCCCCCUAGCGGCUGGUGGCAUUAGGCGACCUCCUUAUAUCGCUUUUAUGCCUAGAGCCGGUCCUGGUGAGCAGCUGCCAUUCAGCGGGCACUUAGGAGCACUGACGGUAACUGCAGAUGAAGGAAGGAAGGGAGUGGGCGAGUUAAUAUAGCAGCGGUCCCUUAUUCAGCACACACACACCCGCGAAGAGGUUGAGUGAACGAGAGAGAGAGUAUGUGUUUGUCCACACAGAGCUCGAACCACUGCAUUCAAACGGAGAAGGGGAGAGGGAAACGGCUGCUACUUAUCUGAACAAGCUUCCACACAUACGGAGGAGCCGAGGCCAUUCCCACUGGCGAUAUUACUGCAGUAGAUUGCAUUGACGCCAGCAGCAAGAGAUACCUCAUGCGGGCAUAGACGCGUCGCAUUUGUCGGUGGUAAAAAGCUACUGGGGCGCCUAUUUACCAACCCCCGCUGUUAUCCUUAUUUUGUUUCGGUUUAUCUCAUUGUACUCUGCUGAGAGUGUGUCUAUUCGGCACCUUGCGUUCGUCAUCCAGUGUAUUUUGGCCGCAGCUUGAAACUGACAAACACUGUUCCUUGACGCGCCCGAAACGUCUGCAGAGGUGGAGGAGACGCCAGGGAGCGGUUGUUGUGGAGCAGGUUGGGAUAUUUUGCGAUAAAAGCUACUCAACCAGAACGUGCAGUCGUGUGUGAGCACGCUUUCGCCGAUGUCGAUAGACUGCUGCUUCACAAAUCGGAUUUUUACACUGCUCUUUUAAAAUCAUGAUUUGACAAAUGGGUUAAUUAUCGCCAUGCGAGAGUUUACUACGAAGACCGGUCAAUUGAAUUACGCAUGGAAGCUUGUAUAAUGUAGUCACAACGUUAGUUCCUGCAGAGGUAUUCAGUUAAUAUCAAUCACCAUCGAAAAAAAGCCUUAUUGCGGUAUUGUAUCAAAAUGCCUGCGGGAAUGAAGCCCCUGGAAAAGUUUUUGAAGAAACAGACAACGGCGCUCACUCGAGCUGGUGGCUUUGGUGAGAAGGCGACUGGCACUGGCACUUCUCGUCGGCGAGCCAGCCUGUCUCGGGUGGUUCCGUUUUUCAGGGAAACUUCUCCAGAGAGCGGUCCGGCCAGGGAGGUGUUCAGCCCGGACACCGAGGAAGCACCGUGCUGGCCCUCGGCCACUGCGGACAUUAGGAGCCCGUCGUUGUCUAGCGAUGAGCAAAGCUCCGAGGCGAGUCUGGACACGAGCUGGACCCCGCUGCCUGCGGACACACCGGACAACCUGGCGCUGGCGCUCCUGGACAGUGUGGCGGGCAAACGAUAUGGCAACUGCACAGAAACCCUCCUGGAUGACUUCAUGUUGACUCACCCCAUCUUCCUGGCCUCAGACAGGUUCCAGCAGGUCCUACUCCAGCAAUUCGGUGUGGAGGGGAAGGCAGGGGAGGGCUGGCCCAGCUGGGACGGAGCAGAGAGGAAGCAGGCUGUGCUGAGUGUUGCUUUCCGCUACCUGGACACAUACAGAGAACUGCUGCAGGAAGAGGGUGAGAGGUCCAACAGCUUCCCCAAGGAGCUAUAUCUGUGUGCAGUCCAACAACUCAGUCAGUUCCCUGAGCUCGUGGAAGACGUGCUGAAGCUUCAGCGCUGGACCGAGAUCCUCCAAUGCCCCAGCUCCGAGGAGGACAAGGAGAUUCGGAAGAAGCAGGUGCGUCCUCUUUUCCGCCACUUCCGCCGCAUCGACGCCUGUCUGCAGCCCAGAGAGGCCUUCCGGGGAUCAGACGAGAUCUUUUGCAGGGUGUACACGCCGGACCACUCGUACGUGACGAUCCGCAGCCGUCUGUCGUGCCGCGUGGGGGAGAUCCUGGCGCUGGUCAGGGAGAAGCUGCAGUACAGCGAAGACCAGCCAACCCAACCUGGCAACCUGCUGCUGGUGGCUGUCACCUCCGCUGGGGAGAAGGCCGCUUUCCGGCCUAGCGACGAGGCAGUCUUCACCACCCUGGGAGUCAACACUCACCUGUUUGCCUGCGAGCCCUCCGAGCUGGAGAGCCUGCUUCCCUUACCUGAGGAGAUCCACUGGUCGCCCGGCGACAGUAAACUACAUGACAUGAGUGCUGAGGAGGUAGCCACUCAGCUGGUAGUGUUUGACUGGGAGCUCUUCAGCUGCGUGCAUGAGGUGGAGUUUGUGUGCUACGUGUUCCACGGCGAGCAGGCUCGCUGGCGCCCCCUCAACCUUGAGCUGGUAUUGCAGCGAUGCAGCGAGGUGCAGCAUUGGGUCGCCACCGAGAUCCUGCAGUGCCAGUCGCUGCCUAAGAGGGUGCAGCUCCUCCGCAAGUUCAUCAAGAUCGCAGCUCUGUGUAAGCAGCAGCAGGACCUGCUGUCUUUCCUAGCUGUGGUCCUGGGGCUGGACAACCCUGCAGUCAGCCGCCUUCGCCUCACCUGGGAGGGCCUCCCUGGGAAGUUCAGGAAGCAGUUCCAGCAGUUUGAGAGCAUUGCGGAUCCAUCCAGGAACCACAAGUCAUACAGAGACCUGAUGGGCAGCCUCAGACCCCCCCUCAUCCCCUUCACACCACUGCUGCUCAAAGAUCUGACCUUCCUCCAUGAGAGUUGCAAGUCGUUUCAUGGGGAGCUUGUCAAUUUUGAGAAGAUGCAUAAAGUUGCAGAGAUGGUGAGGAGCAUCAGACGAUACAGGAGCUCUCAACUGGCUCUGGAUGCAGAGCCUUCCCCCUCUCACCUCCAGACCAAGGCCUACGUUCGCCAGCUGCAGGUCAUCGACAAUCAGAACCUGCUCUUUGAAAUGUCCUGCAAGCUAGAGCCCAAAGACAUGUGAGAGAAAGUGCGAAUGAGUGGGAGAGGGAUGAGAAAGGGGGAGAUCACCCCCAUACCCACCUUUACCCCCUUUCUCCAUUGCAACUCUGCCCUCAAUGGUCUCAACCCUGAUUGGCUGAAUCAGCUAGCCAUUUUUGCUACGCUGGGUGUUUUCCUGGCUCCCUCCAGCCUCCUUCCUGGUCUGCUUGUCACGAGCCACUGCUGAUUUUGUGUAUAAUACUCAGACUGCUGGAAACGGCUGAGAAAAAUGACUGGAACUGUUUUCUUUGAAGCCUUGUGCGUGUGACUUUGUGAGCAUGUUGUGUGAGGAGGGCACAAGGUUUCAGGACUGACUCGACUAGCAGAUUGGACAGCCAUUUUGUACAGAAAAUGAGGAUGAAUGAAUAAUACAUUUUGUUUGAUUUGUUUUUGUUUCCCCAACACCAAGUCAUGCUUCUGCUUUCACGUCCAAGUGAAGCCUGUCCAGUUUGCACUGCCACCAAACCCCCUUCCCCAACUGGACCUUUCUGAACUUAACCAAACCAGGACGGUUAGCCCAAAUGGGGAAAGGCCGGCUUUGUUUAACUAGACCUGUUGAACUGAAGUCUUUGACAUUUGACCCCCAGACAGACUGUAUUCCUGCUGUUGUCCCACCUUUUCUCCUUGAAGUACUCAGACGUGAGACAAUCUAACCCCGUGACCUCUAUCCUAAAUCUUGACCCCUCCCCUCCAGCCAAUAUGGGCACUUACCACCGACAGCUCAGCGGCAGCCCUCAAUGAGUCAGCGACAGUUGGAUAAUAUAAAAUAUACUCCUAUGCUAGUUCAUACUAGUACUUCUGGGCUAAAAUAAACCCAGAGUUUAUACCUCUGAACAAAAGCUUC